UCUAUUAUCUAUGGUCUAUGAUAAAGUUAAAGAUCGUGUUAGAGCAUUCUUAUUACCCCAAUUAUUUCGCUAUUGAGGAUAUUAUUGCUACACAAGAAAAGGCACCCUGCAAGUUUCUUGUGAACAUUCCGAAGUUAGGAAAAUUAAACGCGGCUUCUGAAGAAGAUGACUUGAAAGCUGGAACAUCAUUAGAACUGCCAGUUUGGCUUGUACAACAACUAGCUUCUGGGAGGCAACCUCUUGUAACAAUCGAUUUACCAAAAAGUUACAAACCAGCUUAUAGGGAAAUAUUAAAAGCAGAUGCAACUGCAGUUGAUUUGCACAAAUUUGGAUUAUACUUUUAUGAAUUAGGAUGUCAUAUUGCACAGUUUGAUAAUCAAGGGGAUGUAAGGGAAAUAUUAGUACAUACAUUUACUACAAGAUUUAAGCAACUGAUGGAUUUGGCAGAUAACAUUGGUCUAGAUCCUUCAGCAAUUGAUAAACUUGAUAUGUUAGAACGAAAACUUUUUAAAGAUGGUAACUUGGCAAGAAACCUUUUAAACAAUUGGUUAAACAAUUCAAUAAUUCCUAUGGGAGCAGCUACCAUGGUUGUUAAUCAUAGAAAAAGAAAGCGUAUAAAUGUAGAAUAAGAUUAGUUUGUACAGGUAUACUGUUGCUAAUUUGUAUUUGUAUCAAAUAUAAAAUGUAUGAAUUA